AUGCUUUAGGAAAGAUUAAAAAACUUCAAAGAACUCCAAGCUAAAUUUCAAAAGCUGGAUGUGCCAUCUCUUCCACGACCUAUUAAAUCCCUAGCAGGUGUUUCUCAAAAGGGUGACACUAGUAGCACACAGUCAAUGAGGAUUUGGGCCAAUAGGAAACCCCUCCCAUCCAACCACAAUCAGCCCCCACCAUAUGGUUCCAGUGGUGAACCCCGGCCUCUUGAACCCCAGGAAGUGAAGUUGGCACCGAGGAGUGAGAUUCAGAAAUGUUCUGAUUCCCCAGGACCUCCGGGAAGGUCUAUUCAUUCUGCAGAAAAUUCAGAGAAGGCUCCUUUGCUUUUGGAUGUGAAUCAGUCAGAUGCUAUGAUAACCAAUGAGGAGGAAGUAGUGGCCAGUAGCUUCAGAGACAAACUGUGGAACUGGGAGAAGUUUGCAUCUCAGAAAAGUGAAAUGUCGUCAGCUCCCCUCCUUGCCAAUAGAAGUCGGGCUUUCCAUCUGGGAGAUCAGAAAAGCAUGGGGCUUACUGCUCCAGAGGAGCCCAGGAAAAGGCUGGAAAUAAAAGGAUCCCAGAAUCUUCCUUCCCAGAGGCACUUGAUGAUCCAAAGAAAAUCACUUGUCACCUCAGAAGAUCAUACUUUUCUACUUUCUCAACAUGGAAGAAAGAGCCUCGAAAAGUCCAGUCCUGAGAGGAGCCCAGCAGGGAGCACCUGCCAGCCUAUCUAUGCGAGUGAGCUUGCCAGCUGGGCCCCAGAAAAACAGCCAGAUGUGAAGCAUCACCAGCUUCCCAAAACGAAGCCACUGCCUUCCGUGGAGUCCCUGGGUCCUCCUCCUGUGAAGCCGCCAAAGCCGCCAGCGGUGAACCUCCAGGCCUUUCAGAGGCCGACAGCCGCUGUCCCCAAGACCCACUGGGAAGCAGCUGUGGAAGAGGGCUGUCUGCCUCCAGAGAGAGUCUUUGUGGCUGAAUUUGAAGAACCACACAAUUACGAGGCAACAAUUUCAUAUCUGAGACACUCUGGCAGCUCCAUUAACCUGUGCACCGCAAAAGAAAUUGCUGAUUCAACUUAUGAAGUUGAAAUUGAAGAACUUCGAAAGCCUUGGAAGAGUUUCCUCCACCAAGAACUUAGCCCUAAACAUGAAGAUAAAGAUAAAAAAAUGAAGGAAAAAGAACCAUUUGAGUUGGAACUUCAAAAAACAGAAAAAGAUCUACGUUCAGACUGUCUUUUAAAGGUGGGUUCCUAUGAAGAGACACCUGGAAAAGUCCCAGUCAUGAGAGGCCACAGAUUUAUGGAGAGCACACUGUCCAGAAAGCAGAAUGCUGUGAUUGACAGCAUCCAGACAAAGGCCUGCCCCGAGGACUUGAAGCUGGCCAGGCGCUUCCAAGGCCAAUGUGGGUAUGUGGAGGCCUUGGAGGUGACUAAAGGAACACCGGGCCAAGGGGCCUCUAAGCCAAGUUCCAUCUCAGAAGAGACCUAUGAUGACGUCGAGUACCCCAGGAGAAAGGAAUCAAAGUCGAACUUCUCCAACUCGCUUGCCUCAGACAGUGAAAACAGUAAAGAAAUGUAUGAAGAUGUAUACAAAACAAAGAGCAACUCGACAAAGAUAGAUUUAGAUGGAAAAACACUUAAGAGGCUGCAGAGAUUCUUCAAGAAAGAAAAGGAUAGAUUUAAGAUGAAGAAAACCAAGUUGAAAGAAAAUGUAAGUGCAUUUUCCAUUUCGCUGCCUAAUUUAGAACUUAGGUCUCAGGAAAUUAUCAUCCACGAUGAUGUGACCAUAAAUGAAAAAGAGUCAAAAGAUGAAGAUAAAGUAAAAACUUGGAAGCCCAGGUUUUUUAAAGCAAAGAGGGAAACGGAGAAGAGAGGUGCUGGAGGAUCAGAAAGUCUAUCACCUAGAAAUUUCUUCAGAACCAAGAAACAAAACAUAGAAAAGAAGAGAAUGGAAAGAGAAAAGCUUUUUAGAGAAAGAUUUGAGUAUGACAAAGAGAUUACUGUCAUCAACACGGCCGUGGCGUGUUCCAGGAAUUCGAGAAACGGAAUCUUUGAUUUGCCAAUAGCCCCCGGAGAAGAGCUGGACGUCAUUGAUGUCACUGAAGGAAACCUAGUGAUAUGUCGCAAUUCUAAAGGCAAAUAUGGAUAUGUGCUAAUUGAACAUCUAAAUUUCAAGCCUCAAGGUUGGUCAUCUUAGGAAGAUCCACACCAAGUGUGUGGAUUGGAUGCACACGUGAGAACUGGCUCUGAGAUAUUAGUCCUGCUCCCAUCAGUUUACAUGUCAAAAUGAGAUGGUGGAAUCUGUGGAAACUUCCUUAGGAACUCAGACAAGAGAACAAACAAAUCCUCCACAUUCCGGUGGUUUUACUUCCAGAAGGUUAUCUUUUCAUUCUGUUUCACUGCUCGCUCAGAGGCUGAGGAAGCCCGUGUUAGCAUUUCAGCACUUACUCAAUGAGCCGCAUCCAAAGCUGGGAAUUAUGCCUCUGGCACUGCCUCGUCAGCUGUGCAGACGGUUAGCAUGCUUCCAAUAUUAGUACACAAGUGUUCAUAAAUCC